CCGACUUAUAUAUUCUACACAAUUCUAUAAACCCAGUUUCUUUUAGCCGCUCCCUCUGUUAUUCUAUAUACCUUUUCCGAACAGCACCGCCAUCUCUUUACCUUUCUGAUUUUCACUGAAACGCGAGCUUCUCUGAAAAAAUGGUUCUCCAAAACGACAUCGAUUUACUCAAUCCUCCGGCUGAGCUUGAGAAGAGGAAGCACAAGCUCAAGCGUCUCGUGCAAUCUCCUAACUCAUUUUUCAUGGAUGUUAAAUGUCAGGGUUGCUUUAUCAUAACAACUGUGUUCAGUCACUCGCAAACUGUUGUUGUGUGUGGCAACUGCCAGACCGUGUUGUGCCAGCCUACCGGUGGGCGUGCGAGGCUUACCGAAGGUUGCUCUUUCAGGAGGAAGGGCGAUUGAAGGAGAUAUGUUUCUUGGUAAUUGUUAGUAGACUUCUUUCCAAGGAUUAAUGGUCUCGACAUAGAUAAUGUUGGUUUUGUUCUGAGAUUUAUCUUUUACUUCUCCUGUUGAAUUUUGUUAGCUAUAACGAUAGACCUUAAUCUAUAUAUUUGACGUUUGUUAUCUAA